AUGUCCCUCACCAACGCCUCCCCCGUCGACGCCGCAAAGGGUGCGAAAUCGGCCUCCCACACCCUCGCAACCCUCCCUGCCGAAGCCCGCAAUGACGCUCUCACGGCCAUCCACGCCGCGCUCGCUGACGCCAAAGAUGAGAUCCUGGCCGCUAAUGCGCGAGACCUGGAGCUCGCCCGCAAGGCUGCCGCCGAUGGCCAAUUGAGCCAAAGUCUGGUAUCCCGCCUGGAUCUGGGCAAGAAGGGCAAGUUUGAGGAUAUGCUCAAGGGCAUCUUGGAUGUGCGUGGGCUUGAGGACCCGGUUGGCAAGGUUACUCUGAGAACCAAGCUGGAUGAUGGUCUCAUCCUGGAGAGGGUCACCUGCCCUAUCGGCGUCCUUCUCAUCAUCUUCGAGGCUCGCCCUGAGGUCAUCGCCAACAUCGCCUCCCUGGCCAUCAAGUCGGGCAACGCCGCCAUCCUGAAGGGAGGCAAGGAGUCCACCGAGUCUUUCAUCGCCAUCUCCAAGGUCAUUUCCGCCGCUCUCGACAAGUCCAAGGUCCCCAACUCGGCCAUCCAGCUCGUCACCACUCGCGACGUCAUCCCCCAGCUCCUUGCCCUCGACCAGUACAUCGACCUUGUCGUUCCUCGCGGCUCCAACGAGCUCGUCCGCUACAUCAAGGAGUCCACCAAGAUUCCUGUUCUGGGCCACGCUGACGGCCUGUGCUCCAUUUACCUCACCGACUCCGCCGACCCCUCGAUGGCGGCGGGCGUCAUCGUCGACUCCAAGACGAGCUACCCUGCUGCCUGCAAUAGUUUGGAGACUCUGCUCGUUCAGGAGUCAGCCCUCGAGUCUGUCUUCCCCACCGCUGCGGAGGCUUUGAUCGCAAAGGGCGUGACACUGCACUGCGAUGCCAAGUCCAAGGCUGUUCUGCAGUCCAAGAUCUCGGGAGAUGCUGCCGCAAAGGUGGUUGAUUCCAAAGAUGCCGAUUACGACACCGAGUUUCUUUCUCUCGAUCUUGCCGUCAAGGUUGUCGCGUCUUUGGAUGAAGCCAUUGAGCACAUCAACACUCACGGUUCCAAGCACACCGAGGUCAUCCUCACCUCUUCAUCCGAGGAUGCUGAGAGUUUUAUGGCGGCCGUCGACGCAGCCGGCGUUUACUGGAACGCCUCGACGCGCAUGGCUGACGGCAUGCGUUACGGCUUCGGCACAGAGGUUGGCAUCAGCACCAACAAGAUUCACUCCCGUGGUCCCGUCGGUUUGGAGGGUCUCAUGAUUUACAAGUACAAGAUCAGGGGGCAUGGCCAGGUCUCUCUGGCGUACGGCGAAGGUGAAGGGCAGAAGCCUUUCAAGCACGAGAAGUUGCCGUUUUAA